AUGUCGUCUUCUAUGAGCAAGAUGAGCUUGGCUUCUGCAUCGCAGACGCUUGUCUCGAUGGUUUUCUGGUUAACCACUCUCUUGUCGGUCUUGCCACAGAGCUUAGUUGAUGCAGUGCCAGUGGUCGUCCGUCGUAGACCCUAUUUCUAUCGUCCUUACUACGAUCCUUUCUACGAUGAUUAUUACUACCACACGCCUACUGUUGUGGUCGUGGAUCCUGAGGUGGCCGCAGCCAUUCAUCGAAGACGGAUGAUCAAUUUGUACGUCUUUCUAGGCGUCGUGGGCUUCUUUUUGCUGUUGUCGAUCCCGUUCAUGUUCUGCCGCCCAAAGCGCGAGAGGGUCAGUGCGGCUGAUGAUGUACUUACUUUGAUUUUUUAAGAGUACAGGUUAAAGGUGCUUUAAAUUUCUUGCCGCUUUUUAUACCUCUCUCCCUUAGGAUGAGAAAGGCAUAGAAAGCGGGAUAAGCGAGCACCAAAAGCCUACCUCUAAGUUGUGGUUUAAUUUGUUCAAUUUUUACAAUUUAAUAUUGAGCCUUCUUCAUAAAAUGGAUACUAUCCAAAAAUGACAGGACGAAGUGGAUGUCUAUGACGCCAAGGACCGCUAUCAGGUGACGUAUGCGGGUGACAGUGCGGAUACAUCCGACGAGGAGGAGAUCUAACACAAAAGGAUAAGUUUGAACAAGGCAUAUACUGUGAAACAUUCGAUGAACAAGGCAUAUGUAAUGAAGAUGGUAUGGACAAGAAGAUUACGACGUAGGUGGGGACGUACCUUGGGUCCUGAUCCUACUUAAGCAAGAACAGUGUGAGAAGGCAAUCGUUAUCUGCAAAAUAAAUUGUUUGACGUUUUGGUUUUGGAUAAAACAGAUUUAGCUUGUCUACUGAAACUACUGACGCGCGCGAAUAAAUGUACAACCCCCCAAGAACUCUGGAUGCUCACUCGAAAAAUGGCACGAUUGUCGUCUAUCCGAGUAAGUAUCUUGUUACAACAUGUUGUCUACAACAUCAUGAUGUCUUCGCAUUACAUGUCUUCGCAUUAGUCUAAUUAGAAAAAAACAGGUGUUGGUGACUUAUGGAAUUGAACAAUCUCCAGUUUCGUUGGAGAAUCGUCUUCAAAAUAAUCUAUAAGGUAUGUUGACUAUGUUGAAGAAGAACAAGUGGUGGGGCCAUAACGAGAACUACAACAACGAUUUGGAUCUAAUGAAAAGGUUUAAAAAUCGACGCCGUGCUGAUGAUUCCGGAUUCACAUGGUUGUGGGUCCUGAAUAUGAUUCAUGAGUGAUCAUCCAGGUUUUUCCACCUUAAUAAAGGUUUAUUUUCCACCCUAGAGAAGAGGAAGACCAAUGUUGAGCAUGUAUAUGCAAGAAGCAUACUAGACUUCUUCCUCGCAGAAAUAGACAUCGCGGAGAAGGUCUAUUCCUCGACAAAAAACCAUUAUUGUUUUUCAAUGCUUACGAUGAAAAGUUGUACUAUUCUUUGGUACAGCCUGAUGAGCCACUCAUUAUAAUGAAACAAGACGAG